AUGAUGGGAAAUUACAGUUUACCAGCCCCAAGGAAUGGGAUUGCAAGCCCUUUUCUCCUCAACGAAGCCGCCAAUGAUGCCCGACGUCAAUUGGCCGUGUGGGCCGAUCAGCAAGCUACUCUAUCGACAGACUACCUAGUUGAUAACGAUGGCCAUCGAAUGUAUCGAACGGAACGCUUACAGCCUUGGGCGACGCCACUUCUGCUAGCGAUGAACCUGACGGGACAUACAUACACCAUGUAUCGGGCCGCAAACCUCAAGUUCAUCCAUGCCGAUAUCAACCAUCCAGUCUACGCAAUACCCAUCAAUAUUAUUCAUUCUAAUCCUCAUAUUCGUGACCUGGCCACCAACGCCCCCGUAACACUGCUGGUGGGAUGGUAUUUUAAACUGUCCGGAGAUGUCCUAAUCAGCCCGGAAAUAGACUAUCUGGUGUUGGAAACGAGAUUGGAAGAGAACCGGUAG